AAUGAAGAUGUUUAGAUGGCGGCUAUUCUAGUGAAUUUGGUGUUUGAGUAGAAGUUAUUGAUUGGAUUAAUUACUUUCGAUUUCUCUAUUAUAUUUGUAUGAUACGUCAAAUACAUAUGUACAUUAUUUUAUCCUAAUUCUGACAGGCGAGUUAUUAAAGAAGAUAUUUGAUGUGUGUUUUAGAAUGGCUCCUAGACAACCAUUAGUAGUGGAACAGAACUUAAUACAAAGGAAAAGGAACCCUAUAACAGGAUAUAGAAUUCCCGAUCUUAAUAAAACUGGAGAAGUUGUGAGUGAUGUAACCAAAAAGAAGUGGAAACUUGGCAAGUCAAUUGGUGUUGGUGCGUUUGGAGAUAUAUAUUUGGCCUCGGAUGACAUCACUAAACCAGUAGGAUCUGAAGCAAAAUAUGUUAUAAAAAUGGAGCCACAUAGAAAUGGACCAUUGUUUGUUGAGAUGAACUUCUAUCUACGGGCUGCUACCGAAGCAAUAAUUAAUAGCUGGAUGGCUGAAAAAAGAGUUAAGAGAAUUGGUAUGCCAAAAAUUUAUGGUUUUGGAUCACAUGUCGUGAAGGGAGAAAAAAUGAGGUUUAUCGUUCUUCCCAAGUAUGGUGAUUCUAUUCACAAAGUACUUAUGAGGCACUCCCAAAGAUUCCAUAUUAAAACAGCAUUGACUCUGGCUUGUUAUGUCAUUGAUGUUCUUGAGUAUAUCCAUAGCCAUGGUUAUAUUCAUUCUGAUAUAAAAGCAUUAAAUAUGGUCUUAGGAGAUGAUUUUCCAGUGUACCUGAUCGAUUUUGGCCUAGUUUGCCGAUUUAAAUAUCGAGAUGGUACACACAAAGAGUACAACCCUGACGGGAGGAAGGCUGAUGUUGGCACUCUUGAGUAUUCUGGCAGGGAUGCUCACAUCGGUGUUAUCUCCAGGCGAAGUGACUUAGAAUCUCUUGGUUAUAAUUUAAUUUCAUGGCUUGGUGGAAAACUUCCAUGGGAAGGUUGUACCUUUAGUGAUGUUGUUACCCAGAUGAAGGAAGACUCUCUCAAUAAUAUAGACCAGUUUUUAGAGAAAAUGUUUGGUUCUAAAAAUAUUCCAGGUUGUGGUACAGCUAUAAUUAAAGAAUACUUGGAGUAUGUUUCUCAUUUGGACUACAAUACAGAACCUGAUUACUUAUAUUGUAAAAAGUUAUUUUCUCAAGGUAUUAGAAAUGCCGGUUUUGCAGAUGAUUACAAAUUAACAUUUGAUUCUCACGCAAAGCUUAACAAAAAAGCUAAGAAGAGGGUUCAUGAAAGAGAAAAUUGGAGAGCAGAAAAAAAGAAGAAAGUGUUUUUAGUAGGCAAUAGGAAACCUUGUGCUGUACAUAACCAUAAUUCGAUUAGCCCCAGGAUAACAAGAGCUGUUGACAAAAAAGCAAAGAAGAAACGUCAAAAGAAUUUUGACUGGACCUCUAUUCUUGCUGGACAUCCUGAAAAAGAUUUGAAAAAAGAAAAGGCAAAAGAAGUACCAACUGUGAGCAACUUAAUUCCGCUGACUAGAAAACCAAGGGCUAGUUCAUUGGCUAAUCCAACUUCAGCCAUGUUAAGAGUCAUGGAAAGAAGAAAGCAGCGAUUCUCUGAUUCUUCCAGAAGAAGUAGAAACGAUAGUUGUUCAUUACUGAAUGGUGAAUUGUGUACCCCUGCAAUGGAAGAGAUACUCGUGAAAAAACUUUCUUCUACUUCCUCAUCUACCAGAAUCCUCAGAUCAACAUCCCGUCGCUCUAAACCGCUGAAGUAGGUAGUUUAUUUUGAAGACUACCUCUUCUAGCAAUAUAAACGCUGUCAGUACUAUUCGCCAGUUAUGCCCAGUGUAUAGUGUUGGUAAUUAUAAAAUACAGUAAAAUGAUCUGCUGUUCUCUCCUUUCAAAUUUAUUUGAGAUUAAUAAUUUGUAGUAGACUACUUUUUCCUAAAGAAAACUAAUGAUUCAGUUAGACCUCAGUGAUGGACAAAUUUUUUAAGAUUAUAAAGAUUUUUAACUAAAUAAAAUGUGUACAUUUUUUCUUCAUUAAAUUUGCAAUAUACUGCUUCACAUUACAAGAUAA